GGAAUUAUUUAUAUUAAAGUUCACUCUUUUGACUCAAAAGCUGUAAGCAGAUUGCAGAAAAUCACUUCUGUUAUCCCAACCGCCUAUCUUCUGCAUAGCAUGCUUCAUUUGUUUGGAAACUGCAUCAAACAGAAGUAAUGAAUACUACACAGAACCUUUCAUUUAGAAUAGAGCCAAUGGUUCAACUGGGCGAGGCCAAGAAGGACGAGGAUGAUUGGACGGGCACAACAAUUGCAAAGGAAAGGAGAAAGCGACAAAACCGUUUAAACAUUAGAGCUUUCAGAAAACGGAAGGCACUUGAGGCAAAGUCCACCCUCAAAGACCAAUUCAUUAUAUGGAAGCCACAGCCCCAGCCCAGUCCUUCAGCUCAAAACUCUGUAUCUACAGCAAAACCCCUAGAGAAGAAGCUCACAACCACAAUAAUAGCUUCGGGUGUACCAGAAGUAAUGUUUCCAUUUUCUCUGGAUCACCUUCUCACCCUCAUUCAAUUCAACGUACUCCGCGCCUGCAUGACAAACCUAUCCAUUCUAAACCUGCUUCAUACCACUCCCAAUGAGUGCCACAACAUGCUCAACGCCCCCAUGUUUCCUAGCCCGUCCACCAUUCCACCCUCUCUCUCUCCGACUCCAUUACAACUCAGUACUUCCCACCCGUAUUGGAUAGAUAUACUUCCAUGUCCAAAAAUGCGAAACAAUGCCAUGCUUACUUUCCAUGAAAUCGAUGAACAUGAUUUGUGUAGGGAUCUGUGUGGAGGUCUUUGUGAAGAUUGUAAUGAUUUGGAUGAGAAGGGAAUGCUGGUUUGGAACGAUCCGUGGCAUGCAAGUGGAUGGGAAAUUACAGAGGGGUUUGCCAGGAAGUGGGGUUUCUUGUUGAAGGGCUGCCAUGAACUCGUCGAGGCUUCAAAUAAGUGGAGGAAAUUGAGGAAUGAAGAUAGAUUGAUUAUCGAGGUUUGAAAUGAUACCGAUCUUUGCUCUGUAGAUGUUUUUCACGGGUCAUAUUUGUACAUUACUAUGAUAGGGCGGAAGGUUCGGUGAUGUCUAAUAUAAGGCCGGAUCUGAGCAUAGAAUGGUAUCGAGAUAUUUGUGCGUGCAAUAUGUAUACCCACUUUCUUGUUGAAUAACAAGCUGUGGCCUUGACCCGAUCGGUCGGUAAUGAUAUGACAUGCGAUAGUUGUCUGAAACUGCGUAUGAUCGUACUAUUGAAAAAGUACGAGACGAAAGGUAUGUAGGGAGGAAAGUUGGCACGAUGACUGGAGUGUUCGAAUGCUGCCAUCUCCGCGAAUUGACCAGAGAAUUACUUUAAAACUGCA